GGGGUUUCCUGCCUGCUCCGUGUUUUUUUUGCCAAUCUUCAGUGUGGAUUCAUCCUUAAACAGUUUUUGGAGGAGCUGCAGACAUGUGUUAAGAUAAGAUAUAACUUUAUUAAUCCCUAUUAUUAACCGAGUCUAAGCCUAUAUGUCAAUGGGCAGCAUAAACAUGCUAAUGGCACAUUAGCUUAGUUAUUUUCUUGAUUAAUCAUUUGGUCGAUAAAACAGUGGAAGUUCAAAGAUAAAUCUUGUACUGACAUUUUCAAACAGCUUAUUUUUUCAACCAACUGUCCAAAACUCGAAGGUUUAAAAUAACUCGAAGAAGAUGAAGAAAACCAGAAUUUGAGAUGCUGAAACCAGUGAUUUUCUUGCAUGUUUCCUUUAAAAAUGAUUAUUUGGUUGUUAAAGCUGUGGAAGAUAAAUUUUCUGGUUUUUCUGAAUAAGUGAAGGAUGAAAUGAACCCUGAGCAGCUAAAGCCAAACGUGCAGCCACAGGCCGUGCAUCAGCAUAACAAGUAUAACCAGUAUUUUUUAUAUUGUUUUUUCCCCUUUUCUUAUUUCUUAUUCCUACUAUUAAAGGUUCCCCUUCAUUUCCGUUCGUUUUGCUUUUAUUUUGAAAGUUUUGACCAGAACUCCUUCCCUGAUCUGUGUGACUUGGCCAUUCCGUUGCUAGGGUACAAGCUCCGUAGCAACCGAACCACCGAGAGACAAAAUUGAGAUUUUAGGUUUUUGCCUUUUAAUCUACAGAGGAUGAGGGCGCUCCUCCCUGCACUGAGGCCGGAGACAGGAGCGUUACCUUGAAAUAAAAAUGCCAGCCACACAAGUAAUAAAGCAAAAACCUGUAGAGGCUACAAGAAAAACCCUCGAGAAGCCCAAACCGGUGAAGGUAAGAGCGGUCAACGGGACAGAAAAUGAACUCAAAGUGCCCGCUGUGCGUAAAAGCCGCGCGUCGAGCUGCCCGAGGUGUCCGCAGCGGGACAGCAGGUGCGAGAGGAGCACCGGGGCGCAGCGCGCAGCCGUAAAGACGAGCUGUGAGAGGAGAGCCAGGUCCAGCUCCACCGCUCCCAGCACCACCGCAAACUGCCCCAAGACAAACCCGGACUGUCGCAGGGCGACUAACUCUCUGAAACACGCUGCUGUUUACCCAAAAUGCCAAGAGAUGGCCGCCGGUCCGGGUCCGAGGGAGCAGCGGGGGGUCAGGGCUGAGACAAAACAUGCAAGUCAGAGUCCCAAAGCUUUCACUGUCAUCCCCCCGAACCCAAAAAAAAGAAGAGAGAUCCAGAGAAAGGCGGAAGCGGAGCUCGCUGCUUUGGAGGAGCUUCGGCUGAGCAGAGCGAUGGCUUACGUCUCCAUUAACCCCAGCAGCGUUGGUGGCUGUAUGAGUCUGGAGGAAGUACGGCUGAAGCAGCAGCAGGAAAUGAUGCAGGCCAAGAGGAAACCGAUGAAGACGCAGGUGAUGGAGCAAACCCCCGUCCUGGAGAGCUGAGCGUCGCCUCUCCUCCCGUCUCCGCUGGCAGCUCAACUCCUCGCUCUAGAUGUUGUGAACACAAAGGUCACAUGAGUCCAAACAUAUUUAAAUACAACAUUUAAAUAAAACACAUAUAGAAAAAUGUACUCAUGACAUGAUACAAAGAACAACCCUGCUUGUGUGUAUUCUGACAUCACUGUGGACCCGUGAAGAGAAUUAUACGCUAUGUUUUGUGUACAGGUCUUCAGUAUAUUAUGUAAUUUGUAAAUUAUAUGUCUGUCGUGUACAAGUCUACAGUUUAAAGGGUUAGUUCGCCCAAAUUAGACGUUAUUUUUUUCACAAACUAGCAACCCAAUAGCUUUUUUUUAUUAAUCUUUGCAGUGAUCUAAAGGAUUACAGCUUGAUGGAUAAACCCUUAACGAGGCCAUUACUCAAAUCUUAUAACGCCUUAAUAGAAAGUGGGAUUAGAUAAAACAUUUAAUUGGUUGUUUCAAGAACUUUUUUUCGCUUAAAGGAUCAUUUCUGUGUUUCCAAACCUGGGCCCUAUUUUCACAUAUGUUGGUGUUGCAAUGACUAGCAGGUACAAAACGUUUUGAGUCCUGCAGUAGAUGCUUCAGCCAGCAGACGUGAAUCCGGCUGCAACAUAUUCCUUCGGUGCAAUUGCGUCCGUCAAAAUGGCGUCCACAAAAAGGUCUCAGGGUUUAAAAUACAGAAAUGAUCCUUUAAGUUUUUCAUGUUUUGAGUUGUUUGUCCAUUUCCGCCCCAGUACAGUUGAGGUUAAUGGCUUUUGUUUGUGCAGCUCCACCUGUUGAGAAAUCACAUUAAAGAAACUUUACAGCA